GGUGGAGGCUUCCCUCCAGCCAAUCAGAUAGUGAAUGCGAUGUGGAGGGCGGAGCAGAGACGCAUGCUCUCUUUGCAUAAAUGAACUAAGAACUGUGUAGCUGCCCGUAAACGCACAACUCUAAACAAUUAAACUUCGCUGAGAGACGUCAAAAAGCCAAAAUGUCUGACAAGAAGGCAGUGAUAAAGAAUGCAGACAUGUCAGAUGAAAUGCAGCAGGAUGCAGUGGACUGUGCCAUGCAGGCUAUGGAGAAGUACAACAUUGAGAAGGAUAUUGCUGCCUAUGUCAAAAAGGAGUUUGACAAGAAGUACAACCCCACAUGGCAUUGCAUUGUUGGGAGGAAUUUUGGGAGCUACGUGACGCACGAGACAAAGCAUUUCAUCUACUUCUACCUGGGCCAAGUGGCCAUUCUACUGUUCAAAUCAGGCUGAAAUCCAAACAGGCCGUCCGAAAACUACUUUUAAUUCAGCCCUCAAUACUUUUGUGCCACGCUGUACAUUUGCAACCAUUUUUCUGCUGACAUGCCUACCUCCUGGUUUCCUGCUUGCUUCAGUCUGUUAUUGUGUGCCACCCACAACACUACCCCCCCCAUCUGUGGAUGGCGCUGUAUUUGUGCCUGGACUUGUGUUUGAUUCGAUGUGACAUUCUUCAAACUACGCCCCAUUCCAGCACUCAGCCAGCAUUUUCCCAUCUGACAGAUUACAUGACUAAUUUCUGGAUAACAUUUUUUUUUGCUGUGCAUUAAUGCACUGACAUUGUUUCAUAUGGAUGUGUUGUAUAAUAACUUAUUUUUCAUGGAACAAGCAACAGACUUUUUUUUUCUUUUUUCUUUUUUUUGAAAUGCCUUUUAAUUUUUCAGUGUUGACUGAGAUUGAAUAUAAAUUCUAAGACUAUUGCAAGGCUGUUGCUUACACAUAAUAAAGAGAAUUACAUGCCAAGAGAUUAAGGUUUUGUACAUGCUUGAACAUUCCUGUUUCCACUUUAGUUGUCAAUCUUUAGAAUGUUAAUGCUGUAUAUCUCUGGAAUGUGAUUUAGUGUGCCGUUUAGUAUUGUGACUAUUUUCAACAUGUUGAGCACAAGACAACUUUGACACAGUAAAUUGGUUCAAAAUGUGA